AUGAAGUCCUCCGUCUCGGUCCUCUACCCCAACGAGUCUGUCUCACGCAACGUGACGACCUACUCCGAGUCUCACUCGACGGACCUCCCGGCGCACAUCGUCGCCUACCAUGAGCAUAUCGACACGACGCAGCCCGAGACGUCGAUGCUCAUGAUCAGCAACUUCCAGGCCCAGAACCAUAUUUGGCUGGCCAAGCUCAUCGGAGCUAAGAGAGUCCUCGAAAUCGGCGUCUACGUCGGCUACUCCGGCAUGAUUUGGUCCCAUGCCGUCGGGUCCGACGGCACAGUCACCGGCCUCGAGUUCAACGCCGACUACGCGAAGCAGGCCGAGGCCGCGUGGGCUGCCAACGGCAUCAAGAACGCGUCCGUCAUCGUCGGCGACGCCCUCGAGACCCUACCCACUCUCACCCCCUCUGAGCCUUACGACCUAAUCUUCAUCGACGCUCAGAAGUCGGGCUACCCAGCCUACCUCUCCACCAUCCUCUCCGCCUCUUCCCCGGCCUCCAAGAACCGCCUCCUGCGCCCCGGCGGCCUUAUCGUCGCAGACAACGUCCUGCGCCGCGGCAUCGUCGCCGACGACUCGGACGAGAACCCGUGGGUCGUCAAGGAGAAGGCCCAGCGCGCGGCCUACUGGCGCUCCGAGGACGUCGACAAGCUGCGCGAGUUCAACGACGCCGUGCACGACGAGCCGCGGCUGGAUUCGUGGCUAAUGCCGCUGUAUGACGGCGUCCACCUCGCGCGGUUGGUCGACUAG